ACAAAAUUUUCUUUGUCUUUUGACCAUUUUCAAGCUUUUAUAAAUCAACGUUGUCAUCGUCAAAAAAAAAUUCUUAUUGAAUCGUUUUCAAUUAUAUUUUUUUCAUCAUUUUUUCGUUUCAAACGUAGAUUGAAAAAAGGUUGACAGUUAUAAAUCUGUUCCAUAUUUUUCAUUUGAAAAUAUUGAUGUUUUUAUCACGUUUUAUUUUGCUUUAAAAAAAAUCUUUUGUCUGAAAAUAUAACUAAGUAUCGUUGUCACCAUUGUUUGAAAUUUAUUUUCCUUUAUAAAUUUAAUUUUCAAAUCUUUGAUUCGGAACGAAAAAAAAAUGGUUCAACCACUUCGAUCACGUACAAACGAACCAAAUGCUGCUAUUUUAGCAUCAUUAAAGCCAACGGAAUCGAUCAAUAAUCAGAUUGCUAAUCUGAAAAUUUCUCGUCCGAAUAUUGAACAAGAAAAUGGUCAUGUUUUUCGUUCGAAAAUUCCCGUUCUCAAAUCUCGUAUUGGUAUCGAUUGUGGUGGUGGUGUUGGUCAGCAAAAAUCUGCAGUCCCUUGUUGCAAAAAUACUAUUCCCGUAAAACAACAACAAGUAGAAAAACCGCAACAGGUAGAAAAACUUCAAGUAGAAAAUGAGCCAAAACCAAAAGUGGAAAAUAUUGAUAGUGAAUCGGAUUGUUUCUUAUUAAGCAAUUAUGCUCCCGAUAUUUAUAAAUAUCUUCAUCAACUUGAGAAAUCAUUGGCAUUGGAAAAGAAUUUUCUAUCAAUUCAUAAUGUUGUCACUCCAAAUAUGCGUGCAGUUCUUGUCAAUUGGAUUAAUGGUAUACAUCGUAAUUUUCGUCUGAUGCCCGAAACAUUUUACCUGACCAUAUCGAUAAUCGAUCGUGUACUAGCUCGUGAAUCAGUUGAAAAAAGUCAACUACAAUUAUUGGGUGCUACAGCCAUAUUUGUUGCAGCCAAAUAUGAGGAAAUUUUCUAUCCAGAUAUCAAAGAUAUUGUUGCUAUUUGUGAUAAUCUUUAUACCAAACAUGAAAUAUUACUAAUGGAAAUCCGUAUUCUUAAGGUGACAAAUUUCGAAUUAAGUGGACCAUCACCAUUAUAUUUUUUGCGACGUGGUUCAAAAGCUGCACAAGUUCAUUCACGUGUACAUAUGAUGGGCAAAUUUCUUUGCGAAUUAUCUGUUAUCGAUUAUCAAUGUGCACAAUGGUUACCAUCAUUGGUUGCCGCAACUUCAUUAUACGUAGCACUCAAAUUGAAUAAUGACGAAAAUUCCGUAUCGAAUGGUCAAAAACCUGCUGAUCUAUCGGAAACAUCAAUUUGGACGCCUACUAUUGAACAUUAUACUGGAUAUAGCAUCCACGAUGUUCGUAAAUAUGCUGGCAAUCUAUGUCGUUUACUUAUAUCAUCCGAAAAUUCUAAACAUCAGAAUUGCCGAAAAAAAUAUUCAGCAGCCAAAUGUUUGAAUAUAAGCAAUCUAUCGCCAAAUUCGAUGCGUAUAAUCAAGAAAAUGGCCAUCUAACGCUUGGAUCAUUACAACUAUAUUUAA